AUGGAAACGUCGUCCUCUCGCAUGCGCACCUAUGAGAUACCCAAACCCGACGCUGGGCUCGCGGAAUGGACAAGCAAAAUCAAAGCAUUGCAACGCCAAGUAGAUGCAGACGAGGAGGCCGAGCAGCAACGCCUGGAAGAGGAGAUCAGUGCGUUUAGAGCAGCGCGUCUGAGGAGGAGUCAGGGAAUUGGAUAUGGACCAGGUUCAAGUACACUGGAUGCAUCGAAGGUUAAAGAGCUAGCAGAACCGAGUGACAUUAGUAGUCCUCGACCGCACGCUUUAGAGACUUUCGAUUCACCGAUGGACCGGCAGAAGAACCACGACGAUGCGCUGUCAAAACUCACCGCGAAGCCAACGCCUGCACGAGCACUCACCACGAGUUUCUCGCAUACAAGUUCUGCGGGGCCAUCGGCACACCAUGGGGCGACGACGAAACCUGAGCCUAUGUCUCUCGCGCAGUUUAUGGGAGGGCGGGCUACUGGUCCUCGGCUGAAUCGACAUAUGCCUCAGCAAGAUGCACAUGAUCCCACGCAAUUCGAGCAGCGAACCAGGAUUGAUGCCCCUCAUCCGGUGUUUGGUCGCGGAGGUGUUGCUUUGCCAGGGCUUGCUCGUCCGAGUACGUCCAGCGGGACUCGCGCCGUCGUUGGCACGUCGCAGACCAUUGAACCGCCCAAGGAAAGGGAUAGGCGAGUGAGCACGCCGUCAACGCCGGUGCAAGUCCCUCGCGUCGAGCCCACAUACGUACAACCAGCACCACCGAGGGUCAGCGUCUCUGCGCGUGUCCGCACCAUGAGCACGCCUAGCGGGCCUGUCGCUGCGCUGAAGCCAGUUGAAAGCUUAGUUAAGUCUCCUAGACAGUCUUUCUCUCCCUCUCCAUCAAUAUCCAUCGCAAGGUCACCUGUGCAAGACAGCUUUAGAACGGCAACACCUCCGCGCUCGACACCGUCGCCAGCUGCUCCAGCUACCCCUCGACAACAAACGCCAGUCAUUAUAACACCAUCAUCACCUCCGCCUAAAUCCGUCAGCACGCCAUCUCUGGCGCGCCCCAUUCUUCCAGAUCCAAAGCCAACUUCGCAGUUGUCAAAUGUAGGGGCUUCGGCGUCGCCGUCUCCAGCUUUCCUGAAAAUCGCAGCCCAGAAAGAGCCAACUCCUAGUAUCAGCCGACUGCAAGGUCGAGGGUUCGUGCAAAGCAUGGUUCAGGCUAGCUCGCAGAUAGAAGCUAGGACACCUUCGCCCCCUGUGGAGAAAUCUCGUCCAGGGAGUGGUGGCAAAAGGGUAUCUGUACUCGACCGAUGGCAACCAAACUCACCUUCCUCUACUCCCUCUUCACCUCCCCCCGUUUCGCCCAAACCAGCAGCAAUGCGGAAGUCAAAGACUCUCGAUCCCUCUGCUUCUUCUCCGUUCACUGGCCAUGCAUCAUUCGGCAAGGAGACUCCGCCGAAGGUCCUACGGAACGCACCAUCGCUACAAUCGUUGAUCCAUCGAGGAACCGAGUCUCCAUCUCCACGACCUAUCGAAAGUAUGCCUCCUGUCAAUAUCCCUGGUCUAGGCUCUGCGACGACAAUGGUGGUUUAUAAGGAGGAUUCCCCUACAGCGGCGGUAGAUGAAUUAGGUGUUCGCCGCAGCAUCGGGGGCUCUGGCAGCCCCACGCCGGCGAAGGGGCGUUCGUCACUUCCUGCACCGUCAGGAAAGCCCUUAGCUCAUCCCACGCGGGAUCGUGCCAAACUUCCUAGGAAAAGCAAAGGUACCCAGGGACCCAAGGUCACUUCUGAGUCGACCCACAAAUUCGACCCUCCUCUCACUUUCAGCCCCCCUUCAUCUUCGGCUCCAACCAAGCAGGCUGAGGCCCAAACUCGUGAGGCUCCUGCAGUUUCCAAAUUGUCCGACCUACUUGCCGCGGGACCGCCAGAAGGAGGUCCCCGACGUGUUCCUUCACCACAACAGUACGUUUCCUCAGAGCCCAAGGGAAUGGUCGGUGCGAGAGCACUGCCUGGCCUCACUCCCGCUGGGAGGAGUUUACCCAUUCCGCCCACCUCUCCGCACCCCGUUCUCCAUGAGGCGCCUACCCAGAUUAUACCCCCGACGCACCAGGAUCGUCAACAACAGGAACCAUCGAAAGUAUCACCGGAAUCAACGACUACUUCGCAGGAAGAAAGGUCGCCUUCUGCCUUUUCUAAACAUGUCCGUAUACCCAGCACUGGCAACCGUGCAACCGUCAUGGAUGUUGUCCAAGCUUUCAACGAGCACACGCAUCCACCGCAGUCCCUUAGUCCUGCCGAGGUCAAAACUGUAGAACCACCACCCCCGGUACCAAACUCACCGAAACCACCGUUGAUUCCAAGAAUCUUACCGCCCAUGCAAGCGGAGAAACGCAAGUCUAGUUACGAGAGAUACUCGGCGAUCACUUUACCUCCUCUUCCCGAAGAGACGACGCCUGCUCCAACGCCUGCCGGCUCAUUGAUAAGACACGUCAAAGAUAGUUCGAAGACAUCAGCGACAUCAGCAACCUCAAACACCGGGGAUGAGAUUAAAGAAUUAUCCAGCGUUAUUAAAAUCCACUCAGAAUCCAAUGAUGAGCCUUUACCCCCGGUUGAUCUUGCUGCCCUUGCCAAUAGAACGUCGCAGGCUACUCUACCUACCGACUUUCAGACGAUUUCGGUAGAGGUUAUCGCUAUAGCUGGAAAUACAUCCACAAUCAUAACGAAGGAUCCUUCUAUCUUCUAUGACUCGGAGGUGCUCGCUGUUAUCCACCGUUUCAAGGUCAAAUCCACUGGACUUGUUUCAAGUACCGUAUGGGGUUGGCAAGGGAAGCGUAGCCAACUGGGCGACAAAGAAGAGAACAAACUCCAGGACUUUGCGCGCCGAUAUGGUACAGCCUUGAACCCCGUUUUUCAAUAUAGGGAACCAUCAGAACUUGUGUAUAUUCUUGGCGGGCAAAUGAUCAUAAGACAGGGAACUCGGGCACAUUGGUCUGCAGAGAAUACUUGCAUGCAUCUUGUUCGCCUAUCAGAUGGCGUUAUAUUUAUCGAUGAACUAGACUUGAACGUCAAAAGCCUGUGUUCCGGAUUCAGUUAUUGCUUAUCUAUUUUAGAUACGUUGUAUGUAUGGCAUGGUCGGGGCUCUCCAACCAAGGAACGUCAAGCAGCCUUGGACUACGCCCACCGCCUCUCAUCAGAUCCCGACAACAUUCACGGGCUUGUCGAGGGCGAAAACGACGACGACGAGAUGUUUUGGCUGAUCCUUGGAAGCGAUGAGUACGCCAGGGCGGACUAUUGGCGAUGGCGGCGUGAAUCCGAGUUUACAAAUCCACGCAUCUGGAGUGUUGACACGCGCGGCGACCAGUUGUUCCGGCCAGUCUUGUCUAUUCUGGAGGAAAAGUCGCCUCAAGAGACCAUUCUCCUAAUUGACUGCGUAUGGGAAUUUUUUGUCUUGGUGGGUAGAAAAGCUAGAGGAAGGCGAAGGGAUAUUCGUUUGGCCGUAUCUACGGCUAAUGAUCUUUCGGCGCUAUGUGCCAAGGGAAGACCAUUUGUCCCACCUGUCCAUGCGCUGGUUUUACCCACUCAAUUCCCUUGUGACCUCCUCCUGAGUUUGAGAGGCGUAGAAGAAAGCUGGCUGAACGAAGACGACGUGCCAGACCACAUGAAUAUUGUGCCAUACGAUAAUGCGAUUGAAGACCUCUCGAAGAAUGUAUUUGAUCCCAAGGCGUUGAAGGAUCACGAUAUGCUGCCGCUUGGCGUUGAUGCAUCGGAUCUACCAUAA